AUGGCUGUCAAAGAGACCAACGGAUCUGAGAGCGUCAAGGCCACGAACGGCGCCUCUGCUCAUUACCAUGCCACGUCAACGGACGCGGCCAUUCAGGCCGAGCAUGACUUUGCCGCUCACAACUACCAUCCUUUGCCCGUCGUCUUUGCUCGUGCCCAAGGUACCUCUGUCUGGGACCCCGAAGGACGUCACUAUCUGGACUUUCUCUCGGCCUACUCCGCGGUGAAUCAGGGUCACUGCCACCCCAAGUUGGUUGCUGCGUUGGUCGAUCAGGCUUCCCGGUUGACGCUGAGUUCGCGCGCCUUCUACAAUGAUGUCUUCCCGCGCUUCGCCGAGUUUGUGACUCGCUACUUUGGCUUCGACAUGGUUCUGCCCAUGAACACUGGCGCCGAGGCUGUCGAGACAGCAAUUAAAAUUGCCCGUAAGUGGGGUUACAAGGUCAAGGGUAUUCCCGAGAAUAAAGCGCUCGUUCUGAGUGCAGAGCACAACUUCCAUGGCCGCACGUUCGCCGCUAUCUCCUUGUCUUCUGAUCCGGAAUCGCGCGAGAACUACGGUCCCUAUCUCCCGGGAAUUGGCUGCACCGUUCCCGGCACGGAGAAGCCGAUUGCCUACAACAACAAGGCUGCUCUGCGUGAGGCUUUCGAGGCAGCCGGCCCCAAUUUGGCUGCCUUCUUGGUCGAGCCCAUCCAGGGUGAGGCCGGCAUUGUCGUUCCCGACGAGGAUUACUUGCAGGAAGCUCGUGCCCUGUGCGAUAAGCACAAUGUGCUCUUGAUCUGUGAUGAGAUUCAAACCGGUAUUGCCCGUACUGGGAAGCUGCUGUGCCACGAGUGGAGCGGCAUCAAGCCCGACAUAGUCUUGUUGGGUAAGGCCAUCUCGGGUGGCAUGUAUCCCGUUUCCUGCGUUCUCGGACGCAAGGACGUCAUGCUCACGAUCGAACCCGGCACCCACGGUUCGACCUACGGCGGUAACCCGCUGGGUUGCGCGGUGGCAAUCCGCGCUCUCGAGGUUGUCGAGGAGGAGAACAUGGUGGAGCGCGCUGAGAAGCUCGGCCACCUCUUCCGGAAGGGUCUUGAGGAUCUGAAGAGCCCUCUGAUCCAGACCGUCCGCGGCAAGGGAUUGCUUAAUGCCAUUGUCAUCGAUGAGUCCAAGACUAAUGGCCACAGCGCCUGGGACCUGUGCAUGUUGAUGAAGACCAAGGGACUGUUGGCCAAGCCUACCCAUCAGAACAUCAUCCGCCUUGCCCCACCAUUGGUGAUCACCGAGGAGGAGAUUAAGCAGGCGCUGCAAAUCAUCGGUCAGGCCGUGAAUGAGCUUCCUAACCUCAAGGGCAACGACGAGGACCACGUGAUUCCUGCUCCGGAGAAGAACGUCAAGAUUGGCAUUGAGAACUAA